CUUGACCUUGCCUUUGGACUACAUUUCCCAGCAUUCUGUACGAGGUGCGCUGCAGAGCGGACGUCCGACCUCCCCACCUUCGAGUCCAGGCCCCUAAAGAUGGCGAGUGCGGUUACGGGGACGCUCUGAGCAGCCGAGGCGAGCGUGCAGAGCCUCUGCGACCCUUACAGUCAAGAACCCGGCGGACCCUACCGCCAGGAACAUGCACUUUUCCAUUCCUGAAACCGAGUCCCGCAGCGGGGACAGUGGCGGCUCCGCCUACGUGGCCUAUAACAUUCACGUGAAUGGAGUCCUGCACUGUCGGGUGCGCUACAGUCAGCUCCUGGGGCUGCACGAGCAGCUCCGGAAGGAGUAUGGGGCCAAUGUGCUUCCUGCAUUCCCCCCAAAGAAGCUUUUCUCUCUGACACCUGCUGAGGUAGAACAGAGGAGGGAGCAGUUAGAGAAGUACAUGCAAGCUGUUCGGCAAGACCCACUGCUGGGAAGCAGUGAGACCUUCAAUAGUUUCCUGCGUCGAGCACAACAGGAGACACAGCAGGUCCCCACAGAAGAAGUCUCCUUGGAAGUGCUGCUCAGCAAUGGACAAAAAGUUCUGGUCACUGUGCUAACAUCAGAUCAAACUGAGGAUGUCUUAGAGGCAGUGGCUGCCAAGCUGGAUCUUCCAGAUGAUUUGAUUGGAUACUUUAGUCUUUUUCUAGUUCGAGAAAAAGAGGAUGGAUCCUUUUCUUUUGUGCGGAAGUUACAAGAGUUUGAGCUGCCUUACGUGUCUGUUACUAGUCUGCGAAGUCAAGAGUAUAAAAUUGUGCUAAGGAAAAGUUAUUGGGAUUCUGCCUAUGAUGAUGAUGUCAUGGAGAAUCGGGUUGGCCUGAACCUGCUCUAUGCUCAGACUGUGUCAGAUAUUGAGCGUGGGUGGAUCCUGGUCACCAAGGAGCAGCAUCGGCAGCUCAAGUCUCUGCAAGAGAAGGUCUCUAAGAAGGAGUUCCUGCGUCUGGCCCAGACCCUGCGGCAUUAUGGCUACUUGCGCUUUGAUGCCUGUGUGGCUGACUUUCCCGAGAAGGACUGUCCUGUGGUGGUGAGCGCAGGCAACAGUGAGCUCAGCCUCCAGCUCCGCCUGCCUGGCCAGCAGCUCCGUGAAGGUUCCUUUCGAGUGACCCGCAUGCGGUGCUGGCGGGUUACCUCCUCUGUGCCAUUGCCCACUGGAGGCACAAGCAGCCCGGGCCGAGGCAGAGGGGAAGUGCGCCUGGAGCUGGCUUUCGAAUACCUCAUGAGCAAGGACCGACUUCAGUGGGUCACCAUCACCAGCCCCCAGGCUAUCAUGAUGAGCAUCUGCUUGCAGUCCAUGGUUGAUGAAUUAAUGGUGAAGAAAUCUGGUGGCAGUAUUAGGAAGAUGCUUCGCCGGCGGGUGGGGGGCACCCUGAGGCGCUCAGACAGUCAGCAAGCAGUAAAGUCCCCACCACUGCUUGAAUCACCUGAUGCAAGCCGGGAGUCCAUGGUCAAACUUUCAAGCAAGCUGAGUGCUGUGAGCUUGCGGGGUAUUGGCAGUCCCAGCACAGAUGCCAGUGCCAGUGAUGUCCAUGGCAAUUUCGCCUUCGAGGGCAUUGGAGAUGAGGACCUAUAAUCUCCACUGCUUGGAUGUCUGCCCUCUACCCUAGAGGAUUAUACAGAAAUUUGCCCUGUGCCUGUAUCCCCCUAAACUGGGGGUUUCUUCCACCUCCCACCUUCCCUUUGUCCCCUUGACCAGGGGGCUCCUAACCCACUUUCCUUCCCACCCUGGGCUGGCUGCACAAAGGACUGCCCGUUUUAUCUUUUUCCAUGCUGGCCCUCAAUGCCAAAUUAGCAUUUAGUAUUUUGCACAAAAUCCAAGGGACCAUGGCUACCUGCCUUGAGGAACUUCAGCUCUCUUCAACUGUUUCUGGCUUUUCAGGGCCAUGAGCCAAGGGGACGGGCAAAGGUCUGUGUAUGGUCUGGCCCAGCUCCCAGUCAUUAAACUCAGCCUGAUUGCUGCCUAC